AUGUCUCUCCAGACCCUCCAGACCGAGCUCAAGGCCAAGCUGCGCCAGUACCAGGAUUUCCCCUCCAAGGGCAUUGUGUUCGAGGACAUCCUGCCUAUUUUUCAGGACCCCAAGUCUUUCCAGCAGUUGAUCGACGCCUUCAAGCUGCACAUCAAGGACACGUUUGGCGACAAGAAAAUCGACGUCAUUGUGGGCUUGGACGCCCGAGGCUUUCUGUUUGGCCCCACCUUGGCCCUGGCCAUUGGCGCUGCGUUUGUGCCGGUUCGAAAGCAGGGAAAGCUGCCCGGCAAGACCGUCCAUGCCGAGUUCCAGAAGGAGUACGGCAAGGACGUGUUUGAGAUCCAGGAGGAUGCCAUCAAGCCCGGCCAGACCGUUAUUGUCGUCGACGAUAUCAUUGCCACUGGAGGCUCUGCUGCCUGCGCUGGAGAUCUGGUAACCAAGCUCAAGGGCGAGGUACUGGAGUUCAUCUUUAUUCUCGAGCUGCUCUUCCUCAAGGGCAGAGAUAAGCUGUGUGCUCCUGCCUACACUCUUCUUAGUGGUCAGGAGUAG